UGUGACUCCAAUCCUUGUCUUCAUGGAGGGACAUGUGUGGAGGAGCUUGGUGGCUAUAAUUGUUCCUGUCAUGGAGGCUAUGUGGGAAUUCACUGUGAGAAGCCUGCAUGUGACUCCAAUCCUUGUCUUCAUGGAGGGACAUGUUUGGAGGAGCUUGGUGGCUAUAAUUGUUCCUGUCAUGGAGGCUAUGUGGGAAUUCACUGUGAGAAGCCUGCAUGUGACUCCAAUCCUUGUCUUCAUGGAGGGACAUGUUUGGAGGAGCUUGGUGGCUAUAAUUGUUCCUGUCAUGGAGGCUAUGUGGGAAUUCACUGUGAGAAGCCUGUUUGUCCAGACGGAUGGGUGUAUGGAGGAACGAAGUGUCUUCUGGAAGUGGCUGGCCGACUAUCCAACUGGACUAGUGCGCGUGACUAUUGUAACGGUCUGGACGAGGUUGUACUCGGAAACGGAAACAGAGUUGGACCAUCUCUACUCCUCAUAGAGAGCGAGGAAGAGUAUGAUCUUCUCAAACUCGGCA